UCUCCGCUUGUAAAUGGCGCCUCCUUUGGUAAAUGGUUUUCUUGCAUCAAACGGCUCUUACAUAAAAAUUCUGGAGUAUUUAUGAAACAUAGAGAGGUUAGAAAUUAAAAAUCGGACUUUGAGAAGUAUUUUUUUGUAUUGAUGGAUUUAGAUCACAUUGUUACACCAGCCUGUUGUUUCGAAGGAAAUCAAAAUAUUGGUCAGUUGUUAUCACGUUGGGAAUAACUUCAAGGUUUAUUAUAUUACAAAGAUGCCUCCAAUUUUUGGAUUUAAACGUGCAAAGCGAAGACUACGACAGACAAUCAACGUGCAAAGCGGAUUUGAUGGCCUCCCAGGUGGAAAGACUACUAGUCAUUUUGACGAACGCGAUUCAUGUCGAACUCUAUCACCCGUCGUUUCAUGUAGCUCUAUUGUGAUGACACCUGGAAAAAGACGAAGAACUACCUGUUUUGAGCCAGUUUUGGUUGACAAGACUAAUACAAAUGAAAAUGCUUUUCCAGAAAACAGUCAAUUUUAUCAUGUUCCAAUAAUCAAAAGUGCUAGCAAGACUGAUCUCAAGGAACAGAAAAGAAUGAUGAAACUCAGAUCCAACUCUACUACCCUCCAAUCGAUUGAAAAUAAGCAGCCAAACAAACGGAAGUUUGAGGCAUCAAAAGAACUAACUUACGAAGACGACGAACCAAAGCCAAGUAAAAUGAAGAUAUCUCUAAAUCGAAACAGCCAGUAUAUCGAAGAAAUGAAUUACCAGCGUCCAACCAGUGAUGACUUUGAAACCGUAAGCUUGGCAUCAACUGAUUCAUGCUUCAAGAGAGAAGAGGGCACUCGAAACAGCUGGAGAAACCGUCUACGCAAAAUGGCUUCUAUCGGCGGAGUUUUCACAUCACCGAGAGUUGGCAAACAGCUCAAGCGUUCACCAAGUCUAAGAAGUGAGGAUGCUAUGAACACCAAAACCAAAAUUAAGAAAUACGUUCAAUUGCCAACUCCUGUAAGGAGAAGGAGUUCUAAGUUGUGGCUUGAAACUGUCGCUGAUUUUAACUGCAACAUCAAAGAAUGUCUGACGUCACAACAAAUUAAAAGGCAGGAGGCUAUAUUCGAGCUGUAUUGCGGGGAAGAAGAUCUGAUAGAAGAUUUGAAAUUAUUAAAAGAGGUCUAUUUCAAUGAAAUGUCAAAGCUCAAUUUGCUGAACGAGGAAGAACUUGCAAUGUUAUUUGGUAAUGUCGAGUGCCUGUUACCGUUACACCAAGAUUUGCUGGCUAAACUAAAAGGAUUACGAAACAAAGAUGGAUCGAUCGAUGAGAUUGGGCAAGUUUUAAUCAACUGGAUACCUGGCCUAGAACCUUAUGUGCCUUAUUGCGCUCAACAAUUCAACCGGAAACACUUUUUAGACAAUAAACUAAAAGUAAAUUCAGCCUUCGCAGAUUUUUUACAGCGCUGCUUAGAAUCACCAUUUAGCCGCAAGCUUGAUUUAUGGAACUUCCUAGAUGCCCCAAGAAACAGGCUCGUAAAAUAUCCAUUGCUGUUCAGCACAAUAGAAAAACUUACGUCAGAUUUUUCUAAAGACAAGUAUCUUCUCCAUGAUUCAAUUAAAGGGAUCGAGGAGAUUAUUUCACAAGCUGAUAAAGAAACUGGUCGAUCAAAGUGCGAGUUCUUGAAGAGAAAACUCUAUUUUGUCAAUUCAGAGCAUGCAAGUCUAGUCGCCUCAUCGAAAACACUAAUAUGUGAUGGAUGCCUUCGAAAUCGCAAUGGAACGAAACUAGAAGCAUUUCUUUUCGAUGAUGUGUUUGUAUUAACAAGACCAGCAACUCGGCGCGGGACACUUAUGUAUCAAGUUUCCAUUGAGCCGAUGUUACUUUCAAGUAUAAAGGUUGAGGAGGUUAUAGAAAGCGAAGUUAAAAGAAAUGGUUCAUUCAAAAAUACAAUAAACAGACUGGCCACAGAAAAAAAUUCAAUAAGACUGACAACUCUUGACGUGGACCAUCCAAAGUCGUAUUUGCUGCAAGCAAGAGACGACCACGACAAAAAACAAUGGCUUAAUUGUAUACGAGCAGCCCUGCCUCCAAUUGGAUCCGAUUUAAAUCGAGGUUGGUGAGCCGCUAUCGUCACGCUGAGUUCGAGGACCCUUGGGGAAACGCUUGUAAAGCAUCUUGUAAAGAACACCAAGUGAUAUGAUGACAAAAAAGUUUCUUUGAUGCCAAAUGAUAACUGUUUUAACAAAAAGCGAUGAUUAUAUAAAGAAACAAAAAUUUUUGGAUUAAGCAACUCACGUCUAUUGUGGGCGUAACUAUGGCUAAGGGCCUUCACUCACACUUGUGUCAGUCUCAUGUUUUUAGCAUCUUAAUGCUUUUUUUUGUAGAAUUAAGGUUGUGGUAUAAUUUUAGUGAUGCCUAUGCCAUAAAGGAAAUCGGUAGUUUUUCAUUUAUGGGGAUACGUUGUGUCUCGGGCAAAGUAUUGCUCCCAACCCAUGGGGAAAAGCUUCUUUCAAUUAAAUUUAAUGUCUUCCUUCUAGCAACCAUAAGCCUGUCUUUUAUGAUUUAAAAAUAGCCAACGCCACCGACAUCUGGACCGUUAGUGUAACCUUAUGGCGCUUCCUCCCUUCUGUUUUCAAAUAAAAUAGAUGCGGGCCUUAGUUUCAAGCCCGUUAUCCAUUACGCAGGUGCAUCUCCUUGUAUUAUCGCGCAAAGUCGCGUCCACGCACUGAUAAUUUUAGAAGAUCCGUGUAGCAUUCAAGGAAACAGAAGAUAUCCAUCUGAUAACGCACCUUAAAUUUAAAUCCAAAGUUAGCCGACUUUUUGGCACUGUCAAAAUCACCUGGACAUGAUUUCAAAAGUCUUCAACGAAUUACAUAAACCCAUAAACCCUGAAAGCUUAAAAUCGAAAUGCAAUAUCAAGUACGAGACUGAUCUUUCACUUGACGUAACUUCAUCAACAUAAUCACGAUCUGAGAACAAGGUAAUAGGGACCUCUUCUCCCAUUGUUACAGCCCCGUAAUGUCACCCCUCACUUUGCAUUUUGUUGCUGUAACAUCAGAAUACAGGGGCAGUAUAAAGGUUUUAAACAUACUAAGUUCGUGCUUUAAAGAUUUCACAAAAAUUAUGAAUUCUAUAUAGUGCUGUGUCUACGCGUACAUUUGACUCAGGCUGUGCCACAAACAUUUGCACUUACUCCCAUUUUAUUGAUUUUUAAUAUAUACAAAUUUAUAAGACUUGAUGAUGUGUUAUAAUUGUUGAUUGAUAUGCAUAUUGAUGUAUAUAUGAAGAUUUCUAAUGUAUGAGCCUACUGUUUCUCAUA